AUGAGGGUGGUUAUGCUCGGUCUGGAUGCGGCUGGCAAAACAACGAUACUGUACAAGCUCCACAUUGGGGAAGUUCUGUCGACUGUUCCCACCAUCGGUUUCAAUGUUGAGAAAGUUCAGUACAAGAAUGUGAUGUUCACAGUUUGGGAUGUCGGUGGCCAAGAAAAGCUUAGGCCCUUGUGGAGGCAUUACUUCAAUAAUACUGAUGGACUUAUAUACGUGGUAGACUCCUUGGACCGAGAGAGAAUUGGUAAAGCUAAGCAAGAAUUUCAGGAGAUCAUAAAAGACCCAUUCAUGCUCAACAGUAUCAUUCUAGUGUUUGCAAACAAACAAGACAUGAGAGGAGCCAUGUCUCCUCGGGAAGUAUGUGAAGGGCUUGGCUUAUUAGAUCUCAAGAACAGGAAGUGGCAUAUACAGGGCACAUGUGCUCUUCAAGGAGAUGGGCUCUACGAAGGCUUAGACUGGUUAUCCUCUACGCUCAAAGAGGUUAAAGCCGCUGGUUACUCAUCGGUUGGUCCCUCCUUUUAA